UGCAUUGAUCAUCUCUCCACUUCACUAGCUCACAAGCAUCCUAACUUGUGUCUAUACCCUCCUCUCUUAAUUUCUUUCUAUCCUCCUCCAAAUCCUACUAUCGUUCUCUCUUUGCUUUCCAAAAUGGCCACUGUUGAGGUUGAAGCUGCUCCAUCAAUUCCUGAGACAGAGGUACCUGAGGUGACCAAGACUGAGGAGACAACAACAGAAACUGCACCACCUGUCUCUGAGCCAGCAGCUGAAGAGCCAACAGAAGCAGCACCCGCUGAUGCUCCAGCCGCAGAACCUGAAGCUGAACCUGCAGUUGAGGUUGAAACCAAGGAGGUUGUAGGAGAACCAGCAAAAACUGAGCCUGAAGAGGUUGCAGCCCCAGCAGCCGAAGAAACUCCUGAGGACAAGCCUGAAGAGGCUGUUGCUGAGGAGACUGUUGUCGAAGAGACUAAAGAGGAGGCAGCACCGGCUCCUGUUGAGGAAGAGAAGCCAGCAGAAGAAGAGAAGCCAGCUGAGACACCAGCUGCAGAGACAACCACCGCAGAAGUUCCUGUGCAGACUACUGAGUGAAUAGAUUGGUUCUAUGAAGUGAUUGAUACUAGUGGGGUGGGGUCUUUGUUUUUCUUCUAGGUUUCACUGUCAAAGUCCUCAGGUUUCUGUUUUGUUUCAUUUCUCUGUUUAUUGAUUUAUGAUUAUGGUUACAGAAAGGGUUUUGGAUGGGAUCAUGGGAUAUGGAAGCUAUAGAGUCGAUACUAAGCACUUCGAACACACAUCAGAUUACAACUUGCCAGCCCAGGUCAGAGCACACAGCAAGAACGUUGCCAUUGCAAGGGCCAUGACUCAUGGUGGCAUGGGGUUAAUUUGAAUGUAUGCGGGUUUCCAUAAGUUCUAUUGGUUUUGAAAUGGUGUGAUGAUGUGAUCUCUAUCUAGGCUUGAUAAUAAAAAUUAUAUUGCUAUGUUUAUGUUUAGUAAAUGAGCACUUGCUACUGCUAGUU